AUGUGGGGUGUGGGGUGUCGGGUAUGUGGGGUGUGGGGUGUUGGGUAUGUUGGGUGUGGGGUGUCGGGUGUGUUGGAUGUGGGGUGUCGGGUGUGGUGUGUUGGGUGUGGUGUGUUGGGUGUGGGGUGUUGGGUGUGGGUUGUCGGGUGUGUUGGAUGUGGGGUGUCGGGUGUGGUGUGUUGGGUGUGGGGUGUUGGGUGUUGGGUGUGGUGUGUCGGGUGUGGGGUGUCGGGUGUGUUGGGUGUGGGGUGUCGGGUUUGUUGGGUGUGGGGUGUUGGGUGUGGGGUGUCGGGUGUGUUGGAUGUGGGGUGUCGGGUGUGGUGUGUUGGGUGUGGUGUGUUGGGUGUGGUGUGUCGGGUGUGGUGUGUUGGGUGUGGGGUGUUGGGUGUGGGGUGUUGGGUGUGGGGUGUUGGGUGUGGUGUGUCGGGUGUGGGGUGUUGGUUGUGGUGUGUCGGGUGUGGUAUGUUGAGUGUUGGGUGUCGGGUGUGUCAGGUGUAG